AUGUUUCCAAGACAAGAUUCUAUCUUCUAUCCAAGGUUCUCCUUUGAUGGUACGGCGCAGCAAGGCUACCCAGGUCAGGCUACUGGUCAAGCCACUGGCCAACAACAACAACAGCAGCAACAGCAGCAGCAGCAGCACGCCCAAGGUUAUCAUGGGGUGUCUGGUGUGAACCAGGUCAACCAGCAGCCUGGUAACAGUGUUGGUGGAACCAAUGGAAAUGGCGCUGGCAAUGGUAUCAAUGGGCAGAAUGGAUCCAACGGAGGUCCUGGUGCGAAUGGCCAGAAUGCUGGUGGUGCUAAUGCCAACGCAGUCAAUGGUGCAGCCGGCUAUGCUCAGCCUCCGCAGGAGUUUGGCUAUGUGGACAUGCAACGUGAUUAUAGCUUUAUGUAUCCACCUGGGGCCGCUGCCGCUGCCAGUCAGUAUGGACCGUUCAUCCAACCAUAUUCUUCCGAAAGAAUGCUGCACGCAGGUUCUGAUCACCUGUUUGGUGGAAGAAGACCUUCUGAGCAGCUGGACGCCUAUGGACAGCCUACUCCAACGUUGCAGAACCAGGGUGUUAAUGUGAACCCCUCACAGGCUGCCAACCAGCAGAACUCGGCCGCUGCUGCCGCUGCUGCUGCCCAGCAAUAUCAGCAGUUUCAGCAAGCCCAGCAAGCUGGUCUGAUUUCUCGUCAGGGCUCGCACUUUUUCAAGCGCAUUCCUUCCAUCCAGCAGCCAGGAGCCACCGGUGGACAGGAAGUUCAGCAAGGAGACAUUGAUUCGUUUCUUAAAAGGGAUGGUGUUGGUGAUAUUCUCGACAAUAUCCCCGGUUAUCCGGACCAAGGGGGUAACUCUGGUCAACAGCAGGUGUCUUCUCAACAGGGAGAGCGUUCUCAGCUGGGACAAGGACAAUCCCAACAACAAGGUUCAGGAAAUGGCACGCGUUCUCGCUCGUCUAAGUCUCCUCAGCAACAGCAAGCUCAUCGUGGUAGUAUCUACCAAGCUCCAAUGUUGCCACUACCAUCAAGAAUGGUGAACCAGCCUCUAGGAUAUCAGGCACAGCAGAGGGGAGGUCCUCAGGGUCAACAAAGUGCUGCAGCUGCUCAGCAGAAUCAGUUCCAGCAAUUCCAACCUCAGCUGCAGCACCCAGCAUUGCAACCUCAGUUCCAAAGAUCUCUUCAACAACUGCAAAGACCUCAACCGCAGAUGAUGUCUUUUGGAACUACUCAGCAGGAACAAGCAAAAAAUGCAAUUGGCAAGGUGAGAGAUCGCAAGACACGUCGCACGCGGAAGCACAAGAAGUCUGAAAGUGGCAGUACUAUUUUAGAGGGAGGCUCUUUGAAAAAGAAGAAGUCUUUGCCCGUACAACAACUUGUUCCCCAGAUGAAGAAUGCUGCUAGGGUAGCCACCACUGUUGAUGGUAAGGCAAUGCUUGUUCCGGCCUCUGAAGCCAUGCACACUGAAGAUGGAAGACCUCUUAUUGGCGCCACAAAAGUGGACCAGUUGAUGCUUGUAAUUCAAGCCAGAAAGAAAGGUAUGACUGGAGAUAUUAGGCAGGCUGAAGAUGGUACCGUUCUGGAAGAGAUUAGUGGUCCUGAUGAAUCCAAAAGGCAGUCAGUGCUGCCUAAUCCCGUGGAAUUGGUGGGAGGUGUGGAAAAGCCUAAUAUUCGUGGCCACAAGCAGCACCAGUGCCAGUAUUGUAUGAAGAAAUUUACACAAUCCACGCACUUGGAGGUCCAUAUACGGUCACAUAUCGGCUUGAAGCCAUACCAAUGUCAGUACUGUUCCAAGAGAUUUACCCAGGGUGGUAAUCUCCGGACGCAUUUGCGUCUCCACACGGGUGAAAAGCCUUUCAAGUGUGACACUUGCGGGAAGAUGUUUUCUCGUAAGGGUAAUCUUCAGGCUCAUCAGCUCACUCACCAGAAUGUUCGUCCGUACCAGUGCAAAUUUGACAAUUGUAACAAGUCUUUCACUCAGCUUGGUAACCUUAAGGCCCACCAAAACAGAUUCCACCAGGAUACUAUUAAUGCCCUCACAAAUAGGCUGGCCCACAUGCGGAACCUCGAGGAUUUUGAAAGAUUGCCGGAACAGGAGAGAGAUUUGUUGGACUACUUUGCCAGUUUGUAUAAGAACUUGAACCGUGGAAUCAGAGGAAGAGGAAGAAGCCCCAAACGGAAAGAUAGCAAGAAGAAAUGA